AUGUUUCUCACGGGAGAUAUUGAUGCUACAAGAAGUUAUAUGGAUAUUUUAAUAGGCAAAUUAAACAUGUUUGAUGUAAUUACAAUGCUUAAUAUAAAAACAAACAAUGUUUUGGUAGUAUUAGACCAACUUUCCAUGAAAAUUUUAAAAAAACAGUUAGAAAAAAGUAAUAAGUGGAAAAUAUCUUAUGUGUCAGGGUUGAAUUUUGCAGAAAACAAAGAAAAGUUUUCAUGUACACAACUUACAGAACAAAUUAUUUUGCCUACUAUGUAUUUACCAUCUAAACAACAUCAUAGAACAUUAUGUACUUUUUGUAUUAAAAACCCAUUUAAUUAUCAUGUACAAAUCCGUAGUUUUAGAACAAAACGUAAUAUAGAUGCUGAAUUGGAAAAAAAAUCAUCUAUUAUAAAUAAAUUCAAAAAAUGGGUUGGUCAAUAUUAUGGAACAAGUCCAGUGUUUGGACGUGUUCUGACAGAAAAAGACCCUGCAUUAUUUAAACAGUUGUUUAAUAAUAAUCAAAUCUCGACAGAAGAACAUAACAGGAUUGCAUCAGCUUUUGCACAAGGAUACGAAGCAGGGCUUCAACGCCACAUGCGUACAAACAAUAUUUGGCAAAAACUAAUAUUUGGUGUAUUAGCAGGAUCUUUGUUACUAAUAAUGUGGUGUGGAGUUUAUGCUAUAGGAAGUGGACUACGAUUUCCAAUAGAUGGUUUGAGAUUUAGACCAGAAACAACAGACAUAACUUUUAAUGAUAUUAAAGGAGUUGCAGAAGCUAAACAAGAAUUGAGAGAUAUAGUUGAAUUUUUGAAAAAUCCAGAAAAGUUUUCUGCACUUGGUGCAAAGUUACCUAAAGGUGUAUUAUUAGUAGGACCACCAGGAACAGGAAAAACAUUAUUAGCUCGAGCAGUAGCUGGUGAAGCUGCUGUACCAUUUUUCCAAGCUGCUGGACCAGAAUUUGAUGAGAUUUUAGUAGGGCAAGGUGCACGUAGAAUGAGAGACUUAUUUAAAGCAGCAAAAGAGAAAGCACCUGCCGUAAUAUUUAUAGAUGAAAUUGAUUCUGUUGGUUCAAAACGAACAAAUUCAGCUCUUCACCCAUAUGCAAAUCAAACAGUAAAUCAAUUACUUACAGAAAUGGACGGAUUCCUUCAGAAUGAAGGUGUGAUAGUAUUAGGUGCAACGAAUAGACGCGAUGAUUUGGAUAAAGCAUUAAUGCGGCCUGGUCGUUUUGAUAUUGAAGUUGUUGUUGAUGUACCGGAUUACUUGAGUCGAAAAGAAAUAUUCGAUUUAUAUUUAUCAAGAAUAUUAACACAAGAUGUUGACCCAGAUUAUUUAGCAAAAUGUACUGUUGGAUUUACUGGAGCUGAUAUAGAGAAUAUGGUAAAUCAAGCAGCUUUAAAAGCAGCUAUGAAUGAUGCAGAAUAUGUAACCAUGAAACACUUAGAAUAUGCUAGAGAUAAACUAAUUAUGGGCCCAGAAAGAAGAUUAAAUAUUACUGAUCCAGAAACCAACUCUAUUACAGCAUAUCAUGAAGCAGGACAUGCAUUAGUUGCAUAUUACACUAAAGAUGCACCAGCACUACAUAAAAUUACUAUUAUGCCACAUGGGCAUUCUCUAGGACAUACUGCUUUUUUGUCUAAUAAAGAUGAACUUCAUAUAACAAAAUCUAAAUUAUUGGCGCAAAUGGAUAGUGCAAUGGGUGGUCGUGCUGCAGAAGAAUUCAUUUUUGGAUCUGAUAAAAUAACAGCAGGAGCGCAUAGUGAUUUUAAGAUUGCGACUUACAUUGCAGAAGAAAUGGUAAAUUUAUAUGGCAUGUCUGAAAAAGUUGGUUUUGGAGUUCGUGGAAAGCAAACAAGUGGAUAUUCAUCAGGUCCUGCUAUACACGAUCUUGCCGAUAAUGAAGUGAAGCGACUUUUACAAGAAUCAUAUGAACGUGCAAAACUGAUAUUACAAAAACAUGCAAGAGAGCUUAAAAAAGUAGCGGAUGCUUUGCUUAAAUAUGAAACAUUGAGCUACAAUGAUGUAAAAGCUGUAAUAAAUGGAGAAAAAAUUCCUACUGAAACUUCAAAGAAUCAGCCGCGAAUUAUAGAUCCAUCUGAACAUGUGUUUUAA